CACUUGUUCGCUGGUUUGACAUAAGAAAUGUAUAUUUUGAUGAAGUGAGCUGGCAACCGUUAUCGGUGACGUCACAUGCACAGCUCACGACCUUGCUAUCAGAAAAGGGGGAGGGCGUAACAUUAAUAGCACUGUGUUUAUCAAUUUUAAAAUGUGUGUUGUCCUUUGAAAAUAUAAAAAUAAUUAGUCCAAUGUAGUUCUGUAUUUUUACAAUGAUGUAAUAUAACUGUGGCUAGCCACCAAGCUAACGCGCGGUGGUGUCUUUUGUUGCUGGAGUGCUCCUCCCUCCCUGCCCCCUUUUUCCUGUGUUACUCCGCCGUGGCGGAAGUAAGUUGUAUCGCCGAGGCCUCAUCCUUCCAAUGGCGACUGCAAACAGGCUGAAUAGAAAGCGGGAGCAACCGUGGAGGGGGGUCAGCGACGUGUAACCGAAAUUAAAUAAAUAUAUCUGAUUUUUCUUUAGCAACAAAGUUAGUCUGAAGAUCACUCCACCUCUCCAAAUCACGGCCGUUUCCAUGGCCAAAAGUCGGAACAUUUCGCUCCUUGAGUCGGAGCUCUAUUACUUGAUUUCUCGUUUCCUAACAACGGGUCCGUGUCGGAGAGCGGCUGAGGUCCUAGCAAGUGAACUCGAAGAAUAUCAGCUCUUACCGGGAAGAUUGGACUGGCUGGGAAAUGAACACCCUAGAACAUACGAAGAUGUGGUUGCUGCCAACAGACAUGUUGCACCCGACCAUUUGCUACAGAUAUGUAAGCAAAUUGGACCACUCCUCGAUAAAGAGGUCCCAUCGUGUGUCCCAGGUGUGCACUCUCUCCUGGGGUCUGGAAAGCAGUCCAUGCUUCGGACUGCGAAAGACUGUGACGGUGUGCAGCUCAAAGCUUCAUCAUAUGCAGCCCUUCAUCGGGGCAGACCACCAGAGAGGCCUUUGAACCAGAAGCAACCUCCACAUCAGGUGAAGGUACAUCGAGGGAGGGAGCUGACCGGAGUGCAACGUUUCAGCUCCAUCUGUCCUGUCAGCACAUAUGAGCACAUGCGUCUGCAUCGGCGGAUCCUGGGACAUCUGUCUGCAGUGUAUUGUAUCGCAUUUGAUCGAACCGGUCUCAGGAUCUUCACAGGCUCAGAUGACUGUUUGGUGAAGAUUUGGUCUUCGCUCGAUGGAAGGCUUCACUCAACAUUGAGAGGACACUCUGCAGAAAUCACAGACUUGGCUGUCAACUAUGAAAACACACUAAUUGCUGCAGGAAGCUGUGACAAGACCAUCCGUGUGUGGUGCCUUCGUACCUGUGCUCCUAUGGCUGUGCUGCAGGGACACAGUGGAUCCAUUACCUCCCUUCAGUUUUCACCUUUUGCAAAGGGCUCCAAACGUUACAUGCUGUCCACUGGAACGGAUGCUACUGUCUGCUUCUGGCA